ACAAACUAACUAAACUGUCAAAACAAAAUUAUUCUUCAUUAACGAUACGAUUUUUUCUGCAACUUCCUCAACUCCUCCUGAUAAAUAUAUGAAAGAGAGAAUAAUUAUAUACAACACAUAAUACACAAGUUUGAUCUCUUCCACCUAAUCUAUAAAAUGAAUUAACCUAAUUGUGAAAGUAUAGAAUUUUGUGUUCUUCUUUCUCUCUUAUCCUGAUCUCAUGCGGUGGGUGAACUAACAGUGUUAGUAUGUUAUCAGAUCUCCAGCAUUGACUCUGUAACUAACUAACCCUUCCCAUGAAUUUCUCCUAUUUUCUGUUUUCUUUGGCCGCAUGGUAAAAUAUUUCUAACCAGAAAUAAGCGGAGUUUUCAAGGGAACAUCAGAAUCAGCUUUAGUUUACCUGUUUUUGAUUUUUUUUUUUUUUUUUUUUUAAUUAAUUAGAAUAAAUUCAUCAAAAUCUUAUCAGCAAUUACUGAGUCAAGUUACAAGCUUUAUCUGUCACCAGUUACGUUGCAAAGGUUCAUGAUUCAUAAUGCACCUGACAAAGAUUUAUCAAAGUUUUGAUCUUUAUCGGAAAAUUGAGCUCAAUCCAGUGUUCUGAGAAAGACCCAGUUGUCAAUUUCAUUUAUUUUAUUUUAUUUUAAAAAAAAAAAACUAAAUUUUUUGAGGUCAAUUGUGAAAAUGGAGGUUGAAGAAAUGAAGAGAAAGGAGCCGCAAGCAGAGAUUCCAUGGAUCCCUACAACCCCUGUUAAGCCGGUUGUACCAAAAUCAGCUCCGAUCUGUACUCCAGUGGAAGGAAACAGCCAAAUCUACCAUCAAGCUAAUGGAGCAUUUGCAUGUUCUGAAUUCCCACAUGGAACAGAGAAAAACAGAGAAUCCCAUGAUGGGUCAGUACCUGCGGCUACAAUUACAGACAUUGCAGGUGAAAAUGGCAAAAUCUGUGACAAGACAGCUUCUGAUAAUGUUUCAUGUUGGAGUGGUUUAGGUUCUGCCGAAUUUGUGUUUCGGACAGAGGUAGCUUCGUCGAGUGCAACACGAAUAGGAGACAAUAAUGGAUUGAAUGAUCUAGUUGUUCCUUCAGUUGUCUCUGAGAAUUCAAGAGAUCCUCAUGAAACAUCUGACAUUGCUUGUUGUAGCAAGAGAACUUCCCAGGAUGAUCCUGCCAAAAAGCUUGACAAGGAUGGAACCCCACCGGACAAAGAACUUUGUGACCCUGCUGUAGAAUUUGCUGCUGUUUCUUCAGCGUUGAUGGAGAAUCACAACCCAGAUGAAGGAAGCAGCCUCUGUACAGGCCUAAAUAAAACACCAGAAAAAAAGCCAAGGAGAAAAAAGCAUCGUCCCAAGGUCAUUAGAGAAGGAAAACCCAAAAGAACUCCGAAGCCAGCUACCCCAAAGCCUGCUCCAUCAAAAGAAAACACAACUGGCAAGAGGAAGUAUGUCAGAAGAAAAGAAUUGAAAAAAACUUCUACUCCAGCAGAAGUGACAGGAGAAAUCGCUGAAGAAACGCCUGAAGCUGCCAAAAUGUCAUGUCAAAGAUCCUUAAAUUUUGACACAGGAACAAAAGACGAGAGCUCUGCAGGCAGAGAAAAUAUAACUGCACUUCUAGGAAAAGAAAAUGGUGUAGCCGCACAAGAAACCAAUUUCGGCCUUAUUUGUGAUUUAAACACUUCAGUUAAUGUUAAGCAUGCAUCAAACAGUUCCAUGUCAUUACCAGAAGAGACACAUGAGACAAAGCCAAAAGAAAACCCAACUGGCAAGAGGAAAUAUAUAAGAAGGAAAUUGAACAAGACUUCGGCUCCUCCAGCAGAAGUUACAGGUGAAUUGACUACAGAAAAGAUGCCCGAAUUGGCCAAACCGCCCUGUAAAAGUUGCACAAAUUUUGACAAAGGAGGAAUGGAAGAGAGUUCUGCAGUCAAAGAAACUGCAACUGCACAUCUGAGCGAAGAAAAUGUAGUCACCGAGGGAACAAAUCCAGAUCUUGCAUAUGAUGUAAAAACUCCUAUGAAGCAGGCAUCAGACAGUAAUGUGUCUUUAACAGAAGAUACGCAAACCAUAAAUAAAUCGUCAAGAAGAAAAAAGCUAAAAGAAGGCCCAAUUACCAAAAGGCAGUAUGAGAGAAGGUCAAAAUUGAACAAGUCUUCCACUCCUACUACAGAAGUAUCCGGAGACUUGCCUGGAAAAACGAUGCCAGAAUCUGCCAAAACUUCUUGUCAGAAGUCCUUAAAUUUUGACAGAGGAGCAAGAGAUGAAGGUUCUGCCGACAAAGAAAAUGCAACUGUGCAUCCAUGCAAAGAAACUGGUGCAGCAAUUCAGGAAAUUGAGGUAGGCUUUGGCUAUGAUAUGGAGAGUUUCAUGAAGCAGGCAGGAGAAAAUAAUUACCUGUCAUUCUGUAAUGAUAAACAAACCCCAACUGUGCGUCCAUGCGAAGAAACUGGUGCAGUAGUGCAGGAAAUUGAUGUAUGCCUUGACUAUGAUAUGGAGACUUUCAUGAAGCCAGCAGCAGAAAAUAACUACAUGUCAUUUUGUAAUAAUGAACAAACCACAAGUACAUCUCCUUCAAAAACCAAUCCCCCAGGGGAAAAGCCAAAACAAAACCUGACUGGAAAUAAAUAUCAGAGAAGAAAACGAUUGAACAAGUCGCCUACUUGUCAAACAGAAAUGACAGGAGAAGAUACUGGAGCAAUGAUGCCAGAAUCUAAAGCAACGCCGAUGAAAAGGUUCUCAGAUGUUGACAUGGGAGUGAAAGAUGAAAGUUCUGCACGCAAAGAAAUUGUAAAUGUGCAAAUGGGCGAUUUGGUAGAGGAAACGCCUGUAAGCCUUGCCUACAAUCAAGAUACUUGGAUCAAGCAGGCAUUAAAUAGUUACAUGUCUGGAGACGCACAAGCCCCAAGUACAGAUCCUUCAAAAGAUAAUCCUCCUGGAGAAAAGCCAGAAGAAAACCCAAAUGGCAAGAGGAAGUGUGUGAAAAAGAAGAGAUCGAAGAGGACUUCUCCAAGAGAAAUGACAGAUGAAUUAACUGAACCAAUUAUGUCUGAACCUACCGUAAUAUCGUGUAGAAUGUCCAUAAACUUUGACAAUGGAGGAAGAGAUGAAAGUAAUAUGUGCAAUGAAAGCCUCGCCAGCGAUCAAAACACCUUGGUGAAAGAGAUGUCAAAUAGUCACAUGUCAUUAUCUGAAAACACACAAGCUCCAAGUGCAUGCCUUCCAAAAAGCAAUCCUCCUGGGGCGAAGCGGAAUCCCAGCAACAAAAACAAAAGAAAAGGCCUCCCAACGGCUGAGGAUGGAAACAUCAGUAACGGUCAAGUUUCAACAAUAGAGUCACAGAUGGUUGGUUGCGAGAGAGAGCAUUCUGGAACCACUGAACUGGCAGAUAACAACAACAUGAAUCUGAUUGGGGCACACUAUAAUGGACUGCACUCAUACCAGUCAAAGUUUCCGCUUCAAUUUCCAAAUAUCCAGAAGAAAAAGAGAACUGAAAAGGAGAAAACUAACACUUGUAUUACAUCUUCUGUGAUUGCCGAAAAUGGAGUACCACUAAUGUUCUCUCCCCAAUAUGCGCAAGUGCAUCCUUAUGCAUCAAACUACAAUUCCUGGAUGUAUGGUUCUGGAUAUAAUACAGCUGUAAUUCCCAUGAUAAAUGAAUGUACAGAAAAUUAUAUUCAUAAUACUCAAACAUUUGACGAGUUCAGAUUAUCUUUGAGAAGGGUGACUGAAAGAUCUCAAUUUGAAGCUCAAACUUCUGAUUACAAUUCUCAUUAUAAUUCUCUAAUGAGAAUUAGAAGCUGUGUUGAACCAGAUUAUACUGCAAAACAACUGGAAUUUUCAGACCGGCAAACAAUUAGAGAUGCAGAAAGACCACAAACAUGCAUUGAUGUCUUAGUUGAGGAUAUGCCUGUAUCAUGUGCAAAAAAGAAGCAAAAUAAAAAGAGAAGUGUUAUUUCCAGUUCAGCACAUCCUAACACAGAUGAGAUGCAACAGUGCCAUAAUUUUGCAUUGGUAAAUCACAACCUGGCGCAAGGAAAGUCAUCAGAUACUGCUCGUAGACGGAAAAAAGCUCGUGAUGUUGAAGCAUUAACAGCGCAAUUUAGACGGCUAAACAUAAACACAGGAGAGAAGGACCUUGUCUUAUAUAAGCAGAAUGCACUUGUUCCCUUUCAGGGCUCAUUUGAUCCGAUCAAAAAACAGCGUCCACGACCUAAAGUUGACCUUGAUGAGGAGACUGAUAGAGUGUGGAAGCUUUUGCUGUUAGAUAUAAACCAUGAAGGGGUUGAUGGAACAGAUGAAGACAAGGCCAAAUGGUGGGAAGAAGAACGUAAUGUGUUCCGUGGACGAGCGGAAUCAUUUAUAGCCCGGAUGCAUCUUGUACAAGGUGACAGACGAUUUUCUCGAUGGAAAGGAUCAGUUGUGGAUUCAGUGGUAGGAGUUUUCCUCACUCAAAAUGUAUCAGACCAUCUUUCCAGUUCUGCAUUCAUGGCCCUUGCUGCUCGAUAUCCCAAAAAGUCAGGCAGCACGAGCACAGCAUAUGACGGAGAAGGCACAAGCCUGGUGAAUAUAGUGGAACCAGAAGAGAACACAGAAUGUGAUGUAAAGUUAUUGAAUCAAUCUGUUUGCAACCAGAGUUCUAUGACAGUAGAUAUAGUUGAGCAUUCUGGCAAUGAUUCCUGCAGAAUUACGAGUAGCCCAAUCAGCUUAACAGAUGAAUCAAACUGCAAACUAACAGAAUCACCUCAAACAAAUAUUACAGAAUGUCACAGUCCAAUGGUUAUGAUUGAGGAAGGGGAAGAAAAAUCACGUUAUGGUGGUAGGAAAGAGCUUAAUGACAUAGUUUCAUCCCAAUCCUCUGUCAUUUCAUUUCAAAUAUCUGGAGAUUUUUCAAAUGAUCAAAAUCCUGAGAAGAUUGGAUCAUGCUCAGAUAGCAACUCAGAAAUUGAAGAUCUGUCAAGCACAGCAAAGUACAACGGUUGUGGUUCCUUCAGUAAGCUUCUAGAAAUGGUAAGUUCAACCAAGUUUUAUGAAGUUAACAGUCAAAGAAGCGAAUCAACUGAGAACAUGAGAAAUGGAAAUGCAAUAGAAAGCUCUUUCCCACCCCACAACUCAGGAGCUCGUGAAGUUAACUGCCCUGAUCCUUUCAAAACAGAAGCUUCGUCAAGUGGCAUCUUAAAGAAUAAAGACGGAAAUGAGAUGAAUAUGCCUAGUUUUCAAAUAGCCGAGUCUGCAGGCUAUGUUGCAGUUACUCAUUCUCCAACUAUUGCAUCUCAAGUCCAUCCUCAGGAACAGAGUAAUCACAUGCAGCAGCAAAGCUUUUUCAACAUUUCUGGACAAACUCAUGAUCUGGUUCAGAAAGAAAGGAAUUUAAAUCUUGGUGACCACAAAGAAGUUGUGAGGAGUGAAACCAAUGAGAUAAGUUCUUCCCCAAUAAAACCAAAGAGCAAAAGUCAAGUACAGGAGGAAAAGGACAAUUUUGACUGGGAUAGUUUACGAAUAAAAGCACAAGCUAAGGCUGGGAAAAGAGAAAAGACAGAAGACACCAUGGAUUCUUUAGACUGGGAGGCCCUGAGAUGUGCAGAUGUUGGUGACAUUGCUAAUACCAUCAAAGAACGGGGCAUGAACAACAGGCUUGCCGAGCGGAUUCAGAAAUUCCUGAAUAGAGUGGUUGAAGAUCAUGGAAGCAUUGACCUCGAGUGGCUGAGAGACGUACCACCUGACCAAGCAAAGGAAUAUUUGCUGAGCGUAAGAGGACUGGGAUUGAAAAGUGUGGAGUGUGUGCGGCUUUUAACACUGCACCAUCUUGCCUUCCCGGUAGACACAAACGUUGGACGUAUAGCAGUACGCUUGGGGUGGGUACCACUCCAGCCACUGCCAGAGUCACUGCAGUUGCAUCUCCUAGAAAUGUACCCAGUGUUGGAGUCGAUACAAAAGUAUCUCUGGCCUCGAUUGUGCAAGCUAGAUCAAAAAACAUUAUAUGAGCUACAUUACCAGAUGAUUACAUUUGGAAAGGUCUUCUGUACAAAAAGUAAACCAAAUUGUAAUGCAUGCCCAAUGAGAGCAGAAUGUCGACACUUUGCCAGUGCAUUUGCGAGUGCAAGGCUUGCCCUGCCUGGACCAGAGCAGAAGAAUAUAGUUAGUGUAGCUGGAAAUAUUGCGGCUGAUGAGAACCCACCUGUAGUCAUGAGUCAGUUGCCCUUGCCUCUUCCUGGGAACACAAAUCAAGUGGAAGAAAUUCCCCAAACAGAAGUGAGCGGACAACUGGCAAAAUUUGAAGUAAAUAUCUGCCAACCUAUCAUUGAAGAGCCGGCAAGUCCAGAACCAGAAUGUCCUCAAGUUGAACUAAGUGAUAUAGAGGAUUCCUUCUAUGAUGACAAGUGUGAAAUUCCGACCAUUGAACUUAACAUAGAGGAGUUCACUCUGAAUUUACAAAACUAUAUGCAAAGAAACAUGGAACUUCAAGAAGGUGAAAUGUCAAAGGCUCUGGUUGCUUUGAAUACACAAGCUGCAUCCAUUCCUGUGCCCAAGCUAAAGAAUGUUAGCCGAUUACGAACAGAGCAUUGUGUUUAUGAACUCCCGGAUAAUCAUCCUCUUCUGGAAGGGUGGGAAACACGAGAACCUGAUGAUCCUGGCAAAUAUCUUCUUGCUAUAUGGACUCCAGGAGAGACAGCAGAUUCCACACAGGCGCCGGAAUGCAAAUGCAGCUUUCACGAAGAAUGUGGACAGCUCUGCAACGAGAAGGAAUGUUUCUCUUGCAACAGUUUCCGAGAAGCAAAUUCACAGAUAGUUAGAGGCACACUUCUGAUACCAUGUCGAACAGCUAUGCGUGGGAGUUUUCCACUAAAUGGCACCUAUUUCCAGGUGAACGAGGUAUUUGCUGACCAUGAGUCCAGCCUUAAUCCUGUUAGUGUUCCCCGAAGUUGGAUCUGGAACCUCGGUAGACGAACGGUAUAUUUUGGAACCUCCACAACGUCAAUAUUUAAAGGUUUAACAACACAAGAAAUUCAACAGGCCUUUUGGAGAGGAUAUAUCUGUGUACGAGGAUUUGAAAGGAAAACGCGGGCACCCCGCCCUUUGAUGGCUCGACUGCACUUUCCAGCUAGCAAAUUGGCCCAAGCCGCCAAAGAGAAGGCGAAGGAGUCAAGCCCGGCGAAGAACUCACAAGUACCUAAACCGAAUCCUGAAAUUACGGCAAAGAAAUCACGAGGACCGAAACCAAACUCUGAAAGUACGACGAAGAAAUCACAAGUACCGAAACCAAAUGCUGAUAGUCUGGCGGAGAAAUCACCAGAACCGAAACCAGAUUCUGAACAACCUGAACUGAUUUUGAACAGUCACAGCCUUCAGGAGAUAGGAACAGCAUGAAAACUACACUAGUCUGUAUUAUUGUGUUGCCUGGUAGCAUGUAUGUAUAUGAUAAUGACAAAGUCAUUAUGCUUUUCUUUUAUCAUUCUAUAGACCAAUUAGGUUUUUUUUUUAAUGUACUGUAUCAUCGGUAGCAUCAUGUCUAUACAGCUCAUUAAAGGUGUCUGGUGUCAGAUACAUAUUGGUGUCCUGAUGCUGAUAUGACACUGAUACAUGUUUACAUUCAAUUAUUUUUUUUAAAUCAUCA